UUCCUCCACGCACUACGGCCAUUUUGUGCUAUUGGCCUCGCCUUCAUGCAUGUUGUGGGAUGUUCCGGAUUGGUGUGAUUUACAGAGAAAAUUGAUCUGUUCGUGCUUUUUGUGAGAAGAGUCACUCCAUUUUCUAUGCAGUAUACGGACGACAUAACAAGAUACGAUUUAUGCUUUUAAGAAGCUAGGAGAUAGCCCAAGUGACUCUGAACUCACAAAGUGAUCAAUUCAAUCUGGUAAAUAAGCUCCAGCCACCAAACCAACCUACUCAACCAACCCACUCGCCACCUGUUUCUAAGGACAAGGCUGUAAGGAUGGGGGGCUUUGCCAGUCUUUUCAAGAACCUUUUCGGGAAGAAGGAGAUGCGAAUUCUCAUGGUUGGGCUUGACGCAGCUGGAAAAACAACCAUUUUGUACAAACUCAAGCUCGGUGAAAUCGUCACAACCAUUCCAACCAUUGGAUUCAAUGUAGAAACAGUAGAGUACAAAAAUAUCAGCUUCACAGUUUGGGAUGUCGGUGGUCAAGACAAAAUUAGGCCCCUGUGGCGACAUUACUUCCAAAACACACAAGGUUUGAUAUUUGUUGUUGACAGUAACGACAGAGAAAGACUUGGUGAAGCGAGAGAAGAGCUCGCAAGAAUGUUGAAUGAGGAAGAAUUGAAGGACGCCGUCGUUUUGGUGUUUGCCAACAAACAGGAUCUCCCCAACGCAAUGAACGCAGCAGAAGUUACUGACAAACUGGGACUGCACAAUAUGCGAAAUCGAAAUUGGUACAUCCAGGCAACAUGCGCUACGAGUGGUGAUGGUCUCUAUGAGGGAUUAGAUUGGCUUUCAAACCAGCUUAAAACCAAGAAGUGUGGUGAUACUGGUUCAGGGUCAUACAUAGCCAAAGAUCAGAAAGUAACAUUCCUCUCAGUUGGACAUUGUGGAAAGGAAAACUUAACACAAUUACAAGAAGGAACACUGAAGUACAGAAACAUCAUGGGGGCACUCCAUGCUGUACUCAAGAACUUCUUCAGUAAGAAAGAAAUGAGAAUACUUAUGGUCGGACUGGAUGCUGCAGGAAAGACCACUAUUCUCUAUAAACUCAAACUAGGCGAGAUUGUUACCACCAUACCAACAAUUGGAUUCAAUGUAGAAACAGUUGAGUAUAAAAAUAUCAGCUUCACAGUUUGGGAUGUUGGUGGUCAAGACAAAAUUAGACCCCUGUGGCGGCAUUACUUCCAAAACACACAAGGUUUGAUUUUUGUGGUGGAUAGUAAUGACAGGGAAAGAGUUGGUGAAGCACGAGAUGAAUUGGCGAGGAUGUUGAACGAGGAUGAACUCAGAGAUGCACACGUCCUUGUCUUUGCCAACAAACAGGAUCUUCCAAAUGCAAUGUCAGCUCAAGAAAUCACUGAAAAAUUGGGUCUUCAUGAACUGCGAGGGCGCCCGUGGCAUAUCCAAGCAGCAUGUGCUACAAGCGGGGAUGGUAUGCCAAACGGUCUUGUAGGCAUCAAUAAUGACACAAUGGUGCACACGCUUCGAAGCAAGGAGGUAGCCCAAGUGACUGUGAACUCACAAAGUGAUCAAUUCAAUCUGGUAAAUAAGCUCCAGCCACCAAACCAACCUACUCAACCAACCCACUCGCCACCUGUUUCUAAGGUCAAGGCUGUAAGGAUGGGGAACUUUGCCAGUCUUUUCAAGAACCUUUUCGGGAAGAAGGAGAUGCGAAUUCUCAUGGUUGGGCUCGACGCAGCUGGAAAAACAACCAUUUUGUACAAACUCAAGCUUGGUGAAAUCGUUACAACCAUUCCGACCAUAGGAUUCAAUGUAGAAACAGUGGAGUACAAAAACAUCAGCUUCACAGUUUGGGAUGUCGGUGGUCAAGACAAAAUUAGGCCCCUGUGGCGGCACUACUUCCAAAACACACAAGGUUUGAUAUUUGUUGUUGACAGUAACGACAAAGAAAGAAUAGGUGAAGCAAGAGAAGAGCUCUACAGAAUGUUGAACGAAGAGGAACUAAAGGACGCUGUCCUUUUGGUGUUUGCCAACAAACAGGAUCUCCCUAAUGCAAUGAAUGCAGCAGAAAUUACAGACAAGCUGAAUCUACACAAUCUAAGAAAUCGAAAUUGGUACAUCCAGGCAACAUGCGCUACGAGUGGUGAUGGUCUUUACGAGGGAUUAGAUUGGCUAUCAGCCCAGCUCAAAGCUCAAAAGUGA